UCCAUCUGUACAGUCUGUGAACGCACCAUAGUCGGCCACUGUAAUGUCAUGCGCACUCCCGUUGUUUUUGGAUUUGUUGUUAUGACUGGUUGAGGCCUCGGACUAAAUUAAAAGAGGAACCCUGUCGCUGUACCCGGGCACCCGCGAUGGAGGGCAUGGACAUAGAUUUAGACCCGGAGCUCAUGCAGAAAUUUAGCUGCAUGGGCACCACUGACAAAGAUAUCUUAAUCACCGAAUUCCAAAGACUGCUGGGCUUUCAACUUAACCCUGCUGGCUGCGCCUUCUUCUUGGAUAUGACUAACUGGAAUCUUCAAGCAGCCAUUGGAGCCUACUAUGACUUCGAGAGUCCCAACAUCACCGCACCAUCCAUGUCCUUCGUGGAGGACGUCACUAUUGGGGAGGGCGAGUCAGUGCCACCAGACACACCUUUCACGAAAACCUGGAGAAUACAAAACACAGGCACAGAGACAUGGCCACCCGGGGUUUGUCUAAAGUACGUCGGAGGAGAUCAGUUUGGUCACGUGAACAUCGUCAUGGUGCGUUCGCUGGAUCCGCAGGAGAUCUCUGACGUGAGUGUACAGAUGCGCAGCCCGGUGACCCCAGGCAUGUACCAGGGCCAGUGGAGGAUGUGCACCGCCACGGGACUAUUCUACGGAGACGUCAUCUGGGUGAUCCUGAGCGUUGAGGUGGGGGGCCUCCUGGGCGUGACCCAGCAGUUGUCAUCUUUCCAGCCUGAAUUCAACACGCAGCCCCACCGCCACCUGGAGGGAGACUUCAACCCCUUCGCCUCGCCUCAGAAGAACAAGGACGGCGGGGGAGGGGGAGAAGGGGGAGGCGGAGGAGACAUCGCCGAGCAGCAGCAUCAACAGCACCACCACCACCACCAACACCAACACCAACACAGCGACGGCGGCCUAAAGGGGCCUGGCGCAGGCUGGGAGAGCGGCCCUGAGCACAUUCAGCCUGAGCAAAACGGACUGUCACACAGCUCUGUGUCUCUAGCCACAAACAACCUGCAAAACAACCUGUCGGUAGUGACCUACAGCCAGGAUAGUCAUGGACCCUACCCCUUUGGACAGUCUUAAAUGUGGAUGUGGUCAUGGCCAAGAUGCAGUGGAACAGUGGCCUUGAUCUUACACUAUCCAACAGGGGAGGGGCAUCUAACAGAGAGGGGUGUGUGGGGGGGGUUAGAGGUGGAGGGUUGGAGGAGUGAGUAUCCCAGAGUUCCUACUGACACUUUUACAAACGUGCUCCUCCUCCCGGCCACCAAGCAACAUGAAAAUUAUGAAGACAAGGCUGUACUGUCCCCACCAUACAAUUCAGCCAACAUUCAACACCCAGAGUAUGCAUGUGUGAAUGCUAAUUUAAAGACGAGUGCUUUGGAUCUUUUUAAAAAACGUGAGAGGAAAAAAAAACUUUUUUUUUUUUUCGUUAUUUGUUUUUGGUCUUUAUUUUUUUUAGAUGUCAACACAGAGUUCAGUCGAGUCCAUAGUAUCGAAAGUGGGACAGUGUGUAUGUUUGUGUAUGUGUGCGUACAGCUGUGUGCAUAUGUGUGCAAAUGUGUAUUGUGUGCACGCCUCCACGUGUGUGUGUGUGUGUGUGUGUGUGUGUGUGUGUGUGUGUGUGCGUGUGUGUGCGUGCGCGUGCGUGUGCGUGUGUGUGUGUGCAACCUGAAAGAGAUGCUAGGGAGGAAAAAGCCAUUGAGGUAAAAAUUGCUUAUCGAGUGACUAGGCCUAAUUCUCAAGCUGACAUAUAACUAAUAGAACUCCUUUUAUUUUGUACAUUUCUAUUGCAAUGGAGAGUAUUCAAUAUUUCAGAGAUGGCAGAUCACAACUCAAAGACAUUCUGAAAUCAUAUAUCCACCCUUUGCCAUCCUGUCACAAGCUUUGAAUCUAACUUGCUAGUUGUGUGUGUGUGUGUGUGUGUGAGAGAGAGAGAGAGAGAGAGUAUGAGGGGGUGAGGGGGAGAGAGAGAGAGAGAGAGAGAGAGAGAGAGAGUUGUUGACAUUCUGUGUUUUUUCAGUAGAGGGAGGCAUUUGGCAAAAGGAUAAACUUGACACCUGUCGGGUGUUGGCCCCAGGGGCAAUUUGGCAACCUUGCAGUGCUUCUUCCUACGCUUGCCGUGUGCCAGUGGUGGGAGGAUGUUUAGGGCGGGGCCUCUCUUGGCACUACACUGGCUUAAUCCAUUACAGUUCCACGUGUCCCAGAAUAUGGCAUUUGUCAACAACUUUUAGCUUAUUGCAUCAAGUUGAAUGUAUCUGUUGUGAAUGUAAGGUGUUUGAAAUUUUCACUGUCUGAUUCGUUUAUGGAAAGCUCAAAGGCUGAAGUCCAAAAUGCUCAGAUGUUCUUGGACGGCAUUUAACUUGGAUGUGCUCCUGAUAUCUAUAAUUGCAAUCUCGUACAAAAAAAAAAAUUAUGUUCAUGAUUUCUGGAAAUUCUGCUGUUGUGUAAGUAUCACUAACUAAGUUUGCAAAUCGAGAUGCUGCAGGGUAACAGAAAAUCUAUUGAUUAUUAAUUACAAUGUUUCAUACAAAGAUUUGGCUGUAGAUCCCAAUCAUUGAUUCAGAAUGUAAUCGUACAAGCCUAGUGUCUCAUCUCUAUGCACUGACCUAUCAAGCCCUGGGCCUCAACAGUACACAUAAUGGCUGUUCAUUAGGGAGUAUAUGCUGGUUUUUUUGUUGUUUUUUUAAAUAUAUAUAUAAAUAUAUAUUUUAUUUUUUAAAGGCCCUCAGUGUGUAUUUAGCAAUGUGUAAUUUGUCAUUUUAAAUGCGUUAGAAAUGCUUUGGUCACACUCAGUGGUGCAAGGCUUUUUCAUAAGCAAAAGAUUUCUUAGAUUCCUGAAAUGAACCCAAGCCAACACCUUCAGGGCACAGGCAAGGCAUGUCAGUUUUUUCCGUUCUUGUGUUAUUGUAUUUUAACCACUUUUUUUUUUUUUUUGGCACGCAUUUGCUUCCUUAACGUUCUCUUUCUGCAUUAUCUCACUCUUUUUUUUGUUAUUCUAAUUCGUUCUCCAUCAUAGCCAGUCUGCUUGUUUGCUCGUCCUUUUUUUUGGGAGUGUUCAGCUUCGAAACUCCCCACCUGACGAUGGGUUUUGGGUUUCCUUCAGUCGGUUAAGCAAUGAGUUUGCACAGGGUUGGAGUGUUGAAUGGAUGAUGAGUUGGAUGAGUAGGGUUUGAAUGGGUCCGCAUUGGAGUUCCACCACCACGGCAAAUCAGCAAGAAAUAAAGAAUCUGAACAAAUGAUCAAA